ACUCAGCACCAUAGCCCCUUGUCCUCUGGGAUAACACCUUAGCCCCCUGUCUUCUGGGAUUUUGUACCGCGGUGCUCGAGCUCCCGAGCUGCAGGAGCCUUCUGUGGGGUCAGCCCCCGUCUGAACAGCGGCUCCUGGGUUUGCUCUAAUAGCAGCCCCAAGUUCAUUCGUUCCCGCGUGCCCUGGAGGGGUGCUGCUCUCUGUGGUGCCCGCUGGUUUUUCUAGCGGUCUCUUUCGUGAUGUGAUUUGUAGGGGCGGUCCUUAGUGCCCUACCGUGAUGCUGAAGUGGGUCUGUCACCGCGUGGCAAACACGGAGGUACCGCCCGUGGGCUUUCCGUGGUGUAGCGUUGCUUUCUGCCCCUGGGUCUGGGCUGGAGACAACUCGGCUACAAAUGUAAAUAUUUUUUUAACGUUACUGCUCAACAUCACAAGCUGUUUGCAGAAGAGUUUUAGUGAAUUUAAUACAAUGGAAUCCCUAGGUUUAGUGACAAGACCCAGAUUACACAGGUAGAAUUUCCUCCUUUCAGGCCUUGAUAGCUGACAGUUUUUAAAAGACUGGCUUGAAAUUGUUGUCACAUGGGUUUUGGCUUCAAAAGGGAUUAUUUUAUAGAUAACUGACUUUAUAGGUGGUCUAUGUAUUUGUAGGGGAGGGAAUGAUUUUUUUUUUUGUGGUUCUUUCAGGUAUUAACAACCCUGAAAAAUACGUACGUGCCAUUUUCCACACUGUCUCGAAACAAGCUGCUGAGAAACCAGGUGUGAAUCAGAUAGUUUUUAUUUUUCUGUGCAAAUUUACAUGCAAGCAUUCUUUUUCCUUACUGAAGCUGAGGCAAGAAUCAGAUUUAUUAAGAAGCACAUGCAAGGUGGUUUUGUCAGCAUACAAAGGAGAGAUGGGGCUUUAAUGUUCUUGUUUUGUUGGUUAUUUAUGUGAAGACUGCGUUCUAAGGAAGAAAAUCUGUAAGUGAUGUAGAUAUAUCAUCUGAAGGUAUUGGUGAGGGAGUGACUUGAGGAUCCUAAAGCUGCCUCUGAUAUUGCAGACAUUUAUCACAGUAAUAAUGGUGUUGCAGUAGUUACCCUUAGUUUGGGAAGUCUGUUUGGCAGUGCUUUGUCCUCUUCCAUUUCUGCUUCUCUGAGCUUGUGUGGGGACAGGGAUGGAGCAUGAAAUGCAAAACUCAAAUGAGCCAUAUUGUGCCUUGAACUUCUUCUAAAUGUGCACUCUGCCCUGAGGAAGCAAAACCACUGAAGUCAGUUGAGAAGAAGUGGUCCUGGAGGAUCUGGUGUAUUUAGAGGAAUAAAUUCAAAUAGAUUUCCAGAUCUUGCUGCUUUAUUUAAAGGGCUAUUUGUGACUUUUACAGGGUGUUGGUAAACGUCCUGUUAUACUGAACCAGAAUUUAGUUUUGCACUUGGAUCUAAACAAGCAAAACUGUUGGUCUGUGCUGGGACUGAAUAGAUGUGGUUUGUUGGUGGUUGGGUACAGAGAACAAAUACAAGAUUUCCUCACUUCCAGAACUGUUUGUACCUCCUGAGCAACACUAACCACAGCGUGUGCCAUGUCCUGUGCUGUGAUUACAUUUCAAAUAAACUUUAUGUCCUGGGGCUAAUCUUUGGGGUUUUUUCCUGUGUAUUACAUGUUCUCCUUUUUGAUGAUGCUUUGGGAGUUGCCCCACUGAAGUCAGGAGGAAGAGUAGGAGGCUGAGUUGAUAUUUGGUGUCAGUGUUUUGUGUCCUCUGUACACAACCCUUCAGGGCCUUUGUGCCCCAAGGCCUGGGGGUAUCCAGGGGGCAGGGGCACAGCUGUGGGCACUGCUGCAGUUUGGAUCAAAGCCCGUGUUUAUUUGGCCUCAGCAGUUUUAAUUUUGUCAGAUACGUGACUGAUACACAGGAGCUGUUUGGUUUUGAGGAGUGAUGUGUAUGUACCCGAGGAAGCCUUGGAGAGUCGAUUGCCCCAUUUUUGUUGAGGUGACCGACAGACUUUGGCAAGUGGCUGCACAGGUACUGGCGUGAGCGGAAUCUCGGCCAGGAUUCGGUCAGUGCCCAGAACUCUGGUCUGGGCGGGAUCCUCAGUUUAACGAUGAAGUGACUCUGACAACUACAAAUCCCAGGGAGCUUUGCUGGGAGCAGGGUUGUGCAGGAGGGUUGGCAUCCUGCAGGGACCAAUGGCAGGAGAGAACUCCUGCAAUCCCUGCGUGUCAGCUGCCAGCGCUCCAAAGCACCGGAGAGAGCUGGAGACCGGCGGGGGAGCUGCCUGUUGCCCUGGGCUGAUUUAAAGUCCUGUGUGAGCUCUGAAUUGAUAUUGUGUUCUACAACCUCUGUGCCGGCUGGAAAAAGCCCGCGGGAGUAGUGCCGAUGGAUGCGAUCCUGAACUGCAGCGCGGAGGAUUUGGAGGAUUACUACAACUUGCUGGGAUGCGACGAGCUAUCGACGGUUGAACAAAUUCUUGCAGAAUAUAAGAUUAAAGCCCUUGAAUGUCAUCCUGACAAGCAUCCUGGAAACCCCAAAGCAGUGGAGAGUUUCCAGAAGCUGCAGCAAGCUAAGGAGAUUCUCACUAACGAAGAGAGCCGGGCGCGCUACGAUUACUGGCGACGAAGCCACAUCACCAUCCCCUUCCAGCAGUGGGAGGCCCUGAGCAGCUCCGUGAAAACGUCAAUGCACUGGGCUGUCCAAAGUAAGAAGGACCAAAUGCUGGAGGCUCCUGACUUCAGUAAUACCAACAUAACUAAUGAGAUUUGGACCCAACAGACGGAAAACAAUGAAGAUGGAUUGUUGGGAGGGAACAGAGAGCAAGAAGAUGUUGCAAUUCCUGAUGUGAAACCACAGCCUUCAAAGAAUCCAGACUCCCCAAGAUUUUCAGAGGGAAAUUACUGGCACUUGCGUUUCCGCUGGUCAGGUGAUGCUCCGUCAGACCUCCUGAGGAAAUUCAGAAACUAUGAGAUCUAAAAUGCAAAAUAUACAAGAGCAUGAGAUCACGUGUUCAACAGUUCAGUAUUUCUUUUGGCAGCAGUUAUAAGUUAUUUGUGUUUUGUAUUCACUCAUUGUAAUGUGAACGUUGUUCCAAUCAAUGUCUAAAUACUGAUUUCACACACGUGCUGUGAGCAUUGCAGGUGGAGAUCUUUUUGUUUAACAAGCAAAGCCUUUUCAGUAUUAACAUGAAAUGAUUUUGUGAAGUUAUCUUGUAUCUUAUAUAUUGUUUCUUGUAUUCUGAAAUACUGUGUAGUGGUUAAUAUUUCUCUGAGUGCUGUGAUGUUAUAAAGAACAUACUCUCAGUAGAACCAAAAGCCAAUGUUGGACUCCAGGGUAUCAUUCUAUUCAGAGAUGACCAUCCUAAAGCUGUUUGACAAUUAACUGUAAACAAAACUGUGAUUAUUUCUGAACUCUGUGCUCUGCUUCACUUCUCCAUGGCAUUGUACUCACUGCAGUAAUUUAUAAUGCAGGCAUUACAAACUUAACUUGUUGGAGAAUUGUGAUCUUACGAUAGAGGUGAAAAAAGAAGAUCCUUACUAUCCAAGAAGGUCACUGUGAUAGAUCAAGCACUCCUAAAAAAUCUCUUGCUUUCUACCCUAAUGAGUACACUUUUUGCACCAGCUAUUUAUUUUGGAAGGCAGUUCCAAAACUUUACUUGUCCAGUUAGCAAUGUUUUUUAAUUAAGAUUUAUUGGUGGACAACUGAUCCUCCUUGUUUUGUGUGCCAGCAUUGUCCUGUGGCUUCGCAGCAAUUUCCCACCCUGCUCAGGUGGGGGUAGACAUGGUUUUAUCAGGGUUUUGUAUGGUAGGAAUGAAGAAUAAGAGAAGCCAACACUUAUGUGUACAAAAUCUCACAUGCUAGGUUUUGGAUAUUUUGGGCAGCUUCUCAAAUUCUAUGUAGCUGUUUAUUUAUUUUGUAUUUGCUUUCUUCUUUGCAAAUCUGGCUAAUAUGUCAGACUUCGUGGUUUUGUGUCGGCAGAUAAUUCCAUCAGCAGCAAAUAAAACUGCCUGCAUACAGAAAAGGGGUUGCUUUCAUCUUUUUAAUUAAAUCCUUCACCCACCACAGAGAUCCCUUUAGAAUUUCUUAUUAUUUGCACCCUCAGUGGGUAAAAGCUUAAGGGAGCUUAAGUUAUGCAUCUUGGGCAUCUCACUGGGAAGUAUAACCUAAAAAGUACAAUGUUCUGCCAACAUGGAAACAGUGCUAUGAUGUCUGUCUCCCUCAUGCAGGGCUGAUGUGCUGACUGACCUACUGUGCUUCUCCUUGCGUAUUUUGCAGCUGGAAACAUUAUAGAGAUGAGAUUAAUAAUUCUCUAAUAUCUGAUAAAUGUAAUCAGUGGGGUUUUUUAGUGCUUUACUUCAUACAAAGGUGUUUGCUCAAGAAAGACUUUCAGUCCAUAUUAUAAAGAGGGAUUGGAAACAGUGUCAAACAGUAGUAACAGAAGAAACUGGUUCAUUUGAAGGAUAUACAGUAAUAGGGAACAAUUCUCUCUCUGACAAAAAAAUGGGAAUGCAGCCAACUGGAGCACUUUGAAUCAGGUGACAGCUCAGAUUCUCCUCCCACCAUUUUGCUUGCCAGUAAAAGUAAAAGGGGAUAUUUGGAUGGAUGAUUUAGCACUUAAUGAGCUGGUUUCCCUUGAGAAGUGAGUACACAAUAGACCUUUGAACUGCAGGCUCAUUGUUCGUGUCAUUAAAACUGAUGUCGUGAUUAGCCAAUUAUUGCACGGUUUGUUUUGGCAAAGAACCUUUGGGUGUUUGUUCUGGAUGAAUAAUUGCAGAUAUUUGGAAGAUUCUUAGCCCAGUGAAAGCUGAUGGCAAAACUUGUGUUUUGCAACGUGCCUGCUAGAGAUCAGUACUGUAAUUUGUAUUUGCCCUCUGAAGAGGGCAGGUUAUAACUGGUGCUCCAGAACACCAAUACCAUCAAUACAGCCUUUUUUCUUUUACUAUUUCUCUAUGUGUUAAACUUGAAAUGGUUCUGUAUUUCUCAACUAGAGUUGAAUUAACCUAUUCCUAGCAGAGCAAACCCAGGGGUACUGGAAGACCAGAGGAACCUGUGCAGCUUUUUACAUUUUUUUCCCCCCAAAAAACAGGUGGGACCUGACCUGUUGGCCAGUAACAGUAGUUAGCUGGAAUAAGUGGGCAGCCUAGUUCUUCAUCAUGUUAGAAAGAAAAGAAAUAAACACCUGACAAAUUAGUCAGUGUUAGAUGACUCAGGGUCCACCCUCCAAGGGUAAACUGCUUCUUUGCCUUUUUUUUUUUUAGAAGUUUUUCUGCCAGUAGCAUGAAAAGACCCAGCAAAUAUUUCCCAUAACAUUUUUAUCUGCAGUGUGGUGCCUCAGCCUCUGCAGUGGUGAGCACAUAACACACCUCACAUACUUAAAUUUUGACUGGGUCGGGAGUAGUGAGGUGGAUCUCAGGCUCUGUGAAGAUGUGAUUACGAGCCAAUGGUCAGGUGUACGUGGUUUUCGGUGGCACACAGAGAAUUUAACUUGCUUUACAAAGUGGAAACAGCUGCAAGAGGUUGGUUGUGGGGGGGGAACAACAGCGACAAACCCAGACACGACAUGUUAGAUUAGGGCCCUUGAGUCUCAAGCUGGAGGAAGAGGGCAGUUCUCUGCAAGUGAUGGUAAGGUCUCAUUUUCUUCUUUAGCACUUCUUGUGAGUUGUUUAGGUGGGUAACAAAGGGCUCUGAAUGUUCUGGGUACCUGAGGGGCCUGACUUUGUGUGCUUCCAUCACAACAACUGAGCAUUACUGUGCUGGAGUGCUACAGCUCUGAAUGACUUGGUAUGAGAAUAAACUGUGAGGUGAGCCCAGUUCCUCUGGAGUCCAGUCAAAAGUGUUAAUAAAGCUUGGCAAUUACUGCACUUGUGAGGGCUGAAAAGCUUCAAUGUGGAAGUUACGAGAUAGCAGAUGGGGGUGCAGGUGGAUGAUGAUGAUAAAAUACAGAGAAUGGGGCAUGUUGUUGAAUGCUGUGUUUCUAGGUGUUUGAGACUGUAUUUGUAAGAUCAGAAAUUAAGCAACUAUUUAGCCAGUUGUUUACAGUGUAACUGAGCAGCUGGGGGGGACCCUUGAAUUAUGUAAAAUUAUUAUAAUUUUAUUUACUGCUGUCAUACUUGUUGUGCAAAUGCUGAAUAUGUAAGACAGAGAAUGUUCUAGUUCUUGACAAACUUAUUGUUUUGCCAGUAUUUGCCAGGUUGUUUUGCCAACACUUCCCAUGUAGCAAUGUAAGAGUUAAACUUUGGAUGAUAAAUACAGACAGUAUAUACUUAAAAUCUCAGGCUGAGUAAUGCUGAAUGAUAGGUAAGGUUGGUUCCUGAAUGUUCUUUUCCUCUUUAAAUGAGAUUUAAAAAAAAAAAAAAGUAGUUUAUAAGUUUUAUAAUAGAAGCAAGUAUCCUGAUGAUGAUUAAAAUAGAUACUGGGUAGCUUUAAUUUCCUGAGCAUGAACAUUGCUAUCUUACCUUCCCAGCAGGCUCAUCUCUCGUUUCAGGAUAUGAAAGUGUAAGCAGUGAGGCUGUUGUAAAGCUGAUGAAAUUACACAGCUAAAGAUAAAGCACCUCAGUAAGUUGUCGGGCUCUGUCACUGUCAGAUGGGGAGACGUUUAUCAGUUAGUUUAUGCUGGGUACUUUUGUGGCAGCCCAGUGUACACAUCAUCCUGCUGUUGCAGGAGUUGCCAAGCCUCCCCAUGACGGCAGGCACUGGGUAUGUUUGUGCUUUCACCUUCGCUAUAUUUAGUCUCGUCUCCCUCUGGUGUUAAAGAAGAUGAGACCCUUCAGGUGCUCUGUUAGACACAAGCCCUUCAAAGCUGGGACAGAGUUAUUACAGUGGUACACAGUAUACACUUGGGAGCUUUUAAACGUUUUAGGUCUCUGAUGGAUAUUCUAACCUGUCACAGAUGAUGGAUGCUGGAGAAAAUGAAUUUUCUUUCCUCUAUUCCAUCUUCACACUGGUUUGCUCUUUCUCCCUUCUUCUGGUGGGGCAGUAAUGGAGAGGGGCUACUUUUAGAAAAUGAAGUUUUUUGCCAAAGUUCAGAAUGUUUCCAGCCCUGAUAUGUGUUGUGGUACUCAGUGCUUUGGACAAAAUGAUUUGCCUGCUGCUUUGUCAAAAGUGCUUCUCUUAAAAUAUGGAAGGACUCUUGGCACCAAAGGCAGGCAGCUUUUCUAGGGAGAUGCAGUUUGACUCUUGGGCAUCAGUCCUUACAAAAACGACUUUGUUAGGAUUGUCACAGCUGGUCAUUCAUUUCUUUGGAGCCCCUAAAUUCUGGCUGGGUGGAGAGAGGACUGUCAGCUCCUCCUCUUCCUCACGGACUUUGUGUGAAUGAUGUCUCUGGGUAGGUGGUGGGCAGGAGAAUGAGCAGAAAGGCCCAGAGGAGUAAGAGACUGUUGCAGCUCGUUGGGUCUGGGUGCCUUUGGUGUCUUCUGCUACUUGAGGUCCAGAGCUCAGGACACUGGUGCUGUGUCUGGAGCUUUAGUAGGCUGUUUGGCAGUCCUUACUUAUUUUCUUCUGUAAUUACAAAAAAUAACUGCAAUUAAAAUCGUAUGGUUCUUCCCCUUUAGUGCCUUGAUGGGAACAUUCUCAUAAACCUCGCUGAUGGGUGAGAGUGAGAAAGAACUUGGGUGUUUGCUGCUGCUCUUUUUUCAACUGCAAAGUUUGGGGGAAAAUCUCAAGUUGAAAAGGUUCACUGAAUGCAAAUACUUCCUACAGUGAGCAGAGUUUAGUUGUUUUUCUGACAGACCGGCCUCUUGUUUUUCAAUAUAAAAUUUAAAAUAACUACAUAUUUUGGUGUCAGUCAUUUGACAUUUCCAGCCCCUGCAAGGUCCAGUGAAAAGGACAUCCUGAAAUAAACUUCCUAACAAAUGUUUAUUUGGGUUGGUGCUUUGUCUUCAGAUUUAUGAAAACAAUGAAACAUGUCUUUUGGAAAUAAGACACUGAAACUGGUCAGAAAAAAACCUGUCAACUUCUUCAGUGAUACAGUGGAAAAGAAGGAUUAGCUUGGCCACUGUGUUUAGGAAUUUGGGUCUUUCAAUACUAUCUCUUUAUUAAUUUGGAAAGCCCCCCAAAACUGCGUUACACAAAAUGGUGUUUCUCUCUUCUGUUUGAGAUUACAGAGGUGGGAAGGAUCUUCAAAUUAUAAAGGAAAAAAAAAUAAUUUAAUUUCUUGGCUGAUUAAACAAAAUCAGGCCUUAUAUGUGGAAAAUAGGGUGGGUUUUUUUGAAGUUAUCUGAAAUGUGCACAGUCCCCCAAAAUUUUGAUAUUUUGCAGAGUGACUAACGUGUUGUACUGUUCUUAACACAGAAUUUUAAGCUGCUGUGAGAAUAUAAAUAUGCUAAGGAGAAAGUAGCACAUGUACUGCACCUUAGCAAAGGAUAUAUAUGUUGGUAUUGAAUUUAAAAACUGCCUCCUCUUCAAUGUCUGAGAUAAGAUGUCCAAUUCCAGUAUCCACUGGCACAUACUUUCACCUGUGAGAACUUAAGAGAAAUGCCUGAUAUUAUGGUCAUAUAUUACACAGUCCCGUUGUCAGUUAUUUAGCAGUUUAAGAUUCCCUCUAAAGUGUACCUUCUAACUUACAUGUGCCCUAACAGAAACAAACACCAACACCUGAAAUCCCUGGAAAGCCUGGUUAGGGAGCGUUUUGAAAUGUUCAUUUUGCUGCCAGCUUAAACAAUUGUUCGUUUGUUCCCUCUUUUAUUUUUUCUGAGUGGGGAUAAAUCACUGUUUCCUUUUUUUC